AUGGCGGAAUCUCAUCCGGAAAGACCUCGUUUCAAGGUCCUGAUCGCUGGAGGGGGCCUUGUCGGGCUGGGUUUGGCCCUUGCCCUCGAGCGCGCUGGAAUCGACUACGUGCUGUUUGAGAAGGGUCAAUUUGCGCCGCAGCUGGGGGCUUCGAUUGGAUUGCAUCCUCACUCCUUGCGGAUUCUGGACCAGCUGGGGGUGUGGGGGGAUAUAGAGCGAGAGGUUGUUCCGUUGCAGGACCGCAAUCAUUAUAGCGAAACUGGCUAUUGUUUCGAGGAGUCGCAUGUUAUUGGCGUGAUCAACACAGUGCUCCGACGACCGAUUAUCUUCAUGGAAAGGUGCAGGGCGUUGGAAAUCCUACACACCCACGUUCGAGAUAAAUCACGACUGCACGCGGUCAAUGGCGUUGUUGCCUACGAGGAGACUGAGGAUGGGGUGACAGUGACUACGGAGGAUGGGAAAACUCAUCGAGGGAAUAUCCUGGUGGGAGCAGAUGGGAUACACAGUCGAGUGAGGCAGUUGAUGGCAGAAAAAAAGGCCAGUACUGACCCGGAGUCAAGCAGCCAUUUGAUUGAGGGUGAGACUAGCAUGACUGAAUAUAAAUCGCUUGGACGUUGUGCUAAGGAUAGACCAGGCUUUACGAGCGAGUACAACUGCAUCUUCGGGGUGUCACGGAAUGACCCUGGCGCCCCUUUCCUUCGCGAUGGAAUGGUCCACAAUGUGUACUAUCCCAGAUACUCGGCCGUUGCAGCUGCCGGGGUGCCUGGGCUGGUCUUCUGGUUUCUGUUCGUCAAGGCUGCCUCCACCACAAGGACGCCGAAUUGUCCACGAUUCAGCGACGACGACGCCGAAGCCCUCAUUAGUCGGUACGGCGGUUCACAGCUUGGCCCGGGAUACACAGUACGGGAUCUUUGGAAUGCGCGUGUCAAAGCCACGAUGGCUCCAUUAGAGGAAGGCGUCUUGAAACAAUGGAGUCAUGGCCGAGUGGUGUUGAUGGGUGAUGCAGUUCAUAAGGUCACCAUCAACCCAGGGCUAGGGGGUAACCUGGCAUACGAAGGCAUCGCCCGUCUCACGAACGCCCUCGUCCCUCUGCUCAAGGAGCAUCCCAUACCAUCGAAAGAACAGCUAUGCGAGGUCUUCGAUAAAUACUUUGCCGGCCAAAGCCCACGAGCACAUACUGUCUGCAGCGUCUCUGGGGAGAUAACCCGCUAUGAGGCUCAAGAUUCCUGGCUGUACAAAUUCGCCGCGCAGUACAUUAUCCCUCUCGUCAGCGACAGCAGAAAGGCUAGUGCAUAUGCUGCAUUCUCGAAUGGGGGACCGUGGCUGGAGUACCUUCCUCUGCCUGCUCUGGACAUUGAUCUUCCACAGCAACGGGAAAGGGAGUUGAAUAGUUCCAUCCAGGGCUUACCUCUGUUUUCUAUCGUGGGGGGCAUAAUAGCUGGACUGGGGGUCACGGCUGCCAUAUAUCGGCGUUAUCACUAA